UCAGAGGUCAGCUGAUCACACACACACACACUCGUUAGCAGCAGCAGCAGCAGCAGAGCUGGACUCGACCACAGCCUCACCCCAGCACAGGCCGUUUAAAACACACCGCAGAGUGAAGACCAAAACUCAAUCUUAAGACAUGGCUGAUACAGAGCAGCGGACGCCGCCACCGCCACCACCCCAGACUGGACCGGUGCAAUUCUUAUUGAAUAACAAGCUGGAGACGGCCAUGUGGCUCUCACGUCUCUUUACAGUCUACUGCUCCAUCAUGUUUAUCCUUCCGUUGCUUGGGCCUUUGGCAGCUGCUAAUUUCUACCAGAGGGCGCUCUUGGCUAAUGCUUUGACGAGUGCCCUGCGCUUGCACCAGAGGCUACCACGCUUCCAACUGAGUCGGGCGUUUCUGGCCCAGGCUUUGCAGGAGGACAGCUGCCAUUAUCUCCUUUAUUCACUCAUCCUAGUCAACUCUUACCCCAUCACCAUGAGCAUAUUCCCAGUGUUCCUCUUCUCUCUACUUCAUGCCACCACUUACACUAAGAAAGUUCUGGAUACAAUGGGACCAGAAAGUCUCCCUUUUGUGAGGAACUUCCUGAACAAGCUCACAGCCAAUCAGCAGAACAUCCUCAAGUUUAUUGCUUGCAAUGAGAUUUUCCUGAUGCCAGCCACUGUCUUCAUGCUUUUCAGUGGACAGGGCAGUCUUCUGCAGCCCUUCAUUUACUACAGAUUCCUCACUCUGCGUUACUCCUCCAGACGAAACCCUUACUGUCGGACCCUGUUCACAGAGCUGAGGAUUCUGCUGGAGCAUUUUGUGAUGAAGCCUGCCUGCCCCGCCUUUUUUAGAAGAAUGUGCUUAAAUAGCAUCGCCUUCAUCAGCCGGCUAGCCCCUACAGGUGUCUAACCACCCGCUGUCCUUUGGUGCACUCUCUAUCUCUCCCUGUCUCUCUGUAUCAGACACUUGGAGACACCAUAACACUCUGGUGUAUAUUUACAAUUCUAUAUACAUGCACACAUACAGAUACAUGCACACACAUACACUCCUACGAAAUGGGUAGGUAGGAGGGAGUUGCUCCAAGAUUGAUUCAUAAGCAGGUUGACAAAGUCUCAGAGAUGUUAGAGAUGGACUUCCUGCUAAUCUGUUCUUCUGCAUGGUAUGCAGUUACAUUGAUCUGGGGAGACUUCACUGAGUGAAAAGGCAGAGCACUGACUUAAAGAACUGCAGCAUUGCACUACUUAAACUUGCCUUUGCACCCAGUGCACUGUAACAUCAGUGCAGCUCUUUGAUCAGUGCUUCGAGGGAUUAUUUAUAAACGGCAACUGUGUAUGUCUGUUUUUUUUCUUAUAGGAUUGGAUGAAGAUAUUUAAGCUUAAUAUAGAGUAAACAAUUGCUAGGUAGAUCUCGUUUAUUAGACGUCCCCGUGCAGGGAAAGAGAUUUUCAUGUCCUUAUCCAUGUGUAUGUUUCAGUUUAAUUUGUUUCAGAGAACGUUUUUAUGAUUGUACUUAUGUUUGUCUUGAGCUGGAUUACCUUGAAAUCUAAAUGUAACCUGUUGAACUAGGUUCAUUUUAACAGAUUAGUGAAGAACUGAUGAUCAACUUUAAAAGGUGGAGAGGGGAACAAUCACUGGUUCACUUGUUUAGAUCUUUCUUUUUUUAAGUAAUUGACCAGACCAUUGAAAGAUCAUUAUUUUUUGUAAUUGUACUGCUGACUAUUUACACACACACUUGCAACCUUUCAGCCAAAUAUUGCUUGCCUUGAAUGUAAAUUAUUCAAAGUAAGUGCAUUUCUUUUUAAGUUAUUUCCUUAUAAAAACGAUUGUUCCCUUGCUCUGAUGUUUUUAAAAUUUAUAUUUAUCUCAGCUAAUUGUGUAUGUGAAUUAAAAAAAGUCAAUAAACUAAUUCUAAUUCAAAUUGCCUAAUUUACUUCAAAGGUGAACUAUGGUGCAAAAUGGAUUUGGCGGUGUAGUGAAACAGAUACAAACUUUUGUUAAAUAGCCCACCUGUUUAUUUAAAUACAGCACUUUUAGCUAGUGCUCCCAACAGGUGUACAAUGCUAGCAAUAUGUGGUAUGAUUUAUUUGCGUGGACAACAGUUUACCAUUAACAACUGAGUAGCUCAUUGGUAAAAAAAAAAAAAGUGUUAGAAUAAAAAAUGAGGUACUGAAGUGUGUACAAGAAGAUUAAAAACACUUACAGUACCACAAGGUAGUUCUCCAGGCACUGCCAUCUAUAAAUUAAGUCAGGAUAAGUCAACGUAAGCCCAAACUAAACUACAGCUGAGGAGUCAUGUAAAUAAUUGUAUUUUCACAGAAUAAAAUUUCAGUAUGUUGUCCAACAUAAUCUUAAUUUCUUUGCAUGGGCAAUGUUGCCCCAUCACUAGCAUUAUAAUCCUGUCAGGGGUGUCAGCAAAAUGCUGCAUUUCAGAGCAAAGACUACACCCCACCCAUUUCACACCGGAUAGCUCAUUUAAUGAACAGGUUACAUGAAGCAAUGUUUACUCAUCUUUACCUAUAGACUUUACCUUUAGAGAUCAGAUGAGCCCAGAGGUCAAUCAAUGUUAUAGUGCACGCUAAAGAUUAAGUUAAAGCAGACAUGCUUUUGUUGCAACACAUGUAUGGUACAUUCAGCUUAUUGAAUCAUGCACAUCCUGUGAUGUGGUUUUCCAUGCACACAUUGCAAGGACUAUGCUGAAACAAGCUCACCAUAUUUUAACUACAGUCACAUAUAUUUUUAAAUGUCAGAAUAACCAUUUAACAACCCAAAGCGUUGAGCAUUUUUAUGCUACUUAUUACCAAAACAACCUCAGCCUCCAGAAAAGAACCUAGAAUAUAUGUAGGUAUACAGCUAUAGUUAAAGCACUUCAAAUUAUACAAAUUAAGCAACCCAUCUGAGAUUAGCCAAAUUGAUUUAAGGCUAGACUGGAGUACUGUACACCAAAUCUUGUCUGUUCAACCUCACUCACUACCUUAUGUUCUUGUUGAACCAUCAAGCAAACUCAAAUUAAAA